GCUGCUGGUGAUAAUCGGUCAACAAUCGGUCCGGAGGGAGGCAGGAGGGAGGCAGGAGGGAUCGGGACGGCAAUGUUUACAGCCGCUCCAUGCACGUAAUUAGCUCGUCCUGAAGGAUUCGCUCGCGUUGUUUGAUUGUGUUUUGUUUUGUUUUCCUCUGACGGGUAGACGGUGAGCUCGCUCCGGGGCGGACCAUGUUUUUGUGUCGCGCGGGCAGGCUGUCUGCAGCGACCCUGGAUCAGGCUCUCAAGUCCGCGGGCUCGAUUCUGGUGCAAGUUGAGGCGAACAGACUGAGGCACGUCACUUUGACAUUACGCAAGCAGCACGCGCUUCAGGGACACCGGUGCUUCUGCGUGCCCGUCGGCGAAACCCGUGCGCACCUGCGGAAACAGCGACAGCCGGACCGGGACUCCUCGUCGGGUUUGGCGAUCACGGGCUGGGCUCAGUUGGACCGGGUGGUCGCUGUGGCCGCGAGCCUCUCCAAGAGCGUGCGGAGCCAAGCCGGUAGCUCAGAUCUUAUCGGACAGACGCUGGUUCACAGGAACCUCAGAGGAGGAGGGCCGGGGGGUCAUGUGUUGUUCACAGGUACCGGGGGGGUUUCCAGUCGACGCUGCUCCACCACCACCACCACCACCAGGACCAUGCACACCAGAGCCGCGGCCGCGAAGAAGAGCAGCGACGCCGGCGAGGAGCAGGCGGCUGACGGCAACAAAGAGGAGCCGCAGAGGCUGAAGGAGGACUCUACUGCUUCCUCAUCGACUGUGAAAGCCGAGGACGAGCCGGAGCCAGAGGGAGGGAAACCCAGUAAAACCCAACAACUGAAGAAAGUCUUCAAGGAGUAUGGAGCUGUGGGAGUUUCCUUUCACAUCUGUAUCUCCCUCAUGUCCUUGGGAAUGUUCUACCUCCUCAUAUCCAGCGGGAUCGAUAUGGCGGCCGUGCUGUGCAAACUGGGCUUCAGCGAGACGGUCGUUCGCUCUAAGAUGGCAGCAGGGACGAGCACAUUCGUCUUGGCCUACGCCAUCCACAAGCUCUUCGCUCCGGUUCGCAUCAGCAUCACUCUGGUGUCGGUGCCUCUCAUCGUGCGCUACUUCAGAAAGACUGGUCUCUUUAAACCGCCCACACCUGCACCCUGAUGACCCCUCUCCACUCCUCCGCUGCCUCAUGAAGCAACAAACAUCCUGACUGUUAAUGGCCAUGAUUAGAAACUCCUGUACAUAUCACUUACUCAUUUGCCUUCAUCUAGAAAAAAGAAAAUGACUCAUCUUUGUUGUUGUAAAUUCAGGUAAAAAAAUGUUUCUGCCAUUAGUUUCAAUUUGUAACAGAAUCAAAGUUGUUGAAUUGUGUUACUGUAGGAUAAGUGUGUCUGGAGUCAUGCCUUAAUAUAUGUGCAUUCCAAAAACCAUAAACAAAAAGGCUGAGGAAGCUCAAAUAUUUAUUUUACAAUCAGAAGUUUGAUCAGGGAUUUUCAGUCCGAAGCACUUUCAGUAGGCAGGUUUGUCUCUUAAUGCUGUGAAGGUUCCCCGAGGAAAGAAUAAGCUGAUCUCUGCUCUGCUGUUCACUGUUAGCUGACUCGGCGAUGUUCUGGCGUUAUGUGAAUCAGCAGAAUAUUUCUGGCUCUGUCUGUUUCCUACCUCUCUCUGUCUCUUUCCUCUUUUCUCUCCUACACCCUCUUUUCUGCUGUUGAUUUGCUUAUUUUUUUCUUCUCAGUCUCUAUCCUGGCAUCUGUUUUCCUCUCCUGUCUUUUUCUGUCUCUUUGCAAAUGCCACUGCCCAAGCGAUAAUUUGGAGCACAUUAAUCUAAGAGUAGAAGCCGAUUAUAGUUCAUGUCAAGCUUUGGAUGAAGAAUGUUGGUUUGUUUUUUUUUUUCUUCUGAUUGAAUGGACUGUAUUUAACUAUUAAAAGGGAUGUUCUCUUUUAUAUUUGUUAUUUCUGUACCAAAAUAUCAUCAUCAUCAUCAUCA